CUCACUUUCUCUUUUCCCAUACUCUCUCUGCUUCCCUUAUUAUAAUAUAUACCACUUCAGCUACCAGCUCAGGAACAGAAUGGGUGGAGGCGAGGUUGAAGUUGAUGUUGGGAGUAAGAGUGGGAAUAAUGCUGUUGAUCGUGGUGUUCAUGUCUGGAUAUUCGCUGAAACCACACAAGAAUUGCUUAUCAAGCAAAGUCACAAUCGGCCUGGGUUGUGGGAUCUCACCGCUUCUGCUCCCAUUCCGCAUUCUCAUUCAUCGCUUGUUACUGCUCGAAAGGAGCUGAAGAAACAGCUGGGUUUAACCCUUCCCAAGGAUGCAUUUGAGUUGAUAUAUGUUUUCAAUGAGGAUGGUGAUGAAAAAAACACGAAGAAGGAAUCUAUCGACGUUUAUCUGGUUACAACUAUUGAUCCAAUACCUUUGGAGGCCUUCACUCUUCAGGAAAAGCAAGUGUCUGCUGUAAAAUAUCUCUCUUAUGAUGAGUAUAAAGGGCUUUUAGCCAAGCAAGAUUCUCGACAACAUGCUCAACUCUUUGAUAUAAUUGAAAAUAGGUACAAAGAGAAUACCGAAGCUCGCAGUUCAACUUUGCAAAAGCAACUAAGUCGUUACGCUCCUAUUUCCCUUAAUGCAGAGUUAGCGGGGCUUACAGAUUCAGAUAAGGAAGCUCUUGUUUUUGUUGUCAAGGCUGCAGCUGUUAUCGAUGAAAUUUUUUAUUUGCAGUCUUGGUACAGUAAUCCAUCACUUAGAGAUUGGUUGAAGGAACAUGCUGAUGAAUCAGAGUUGAAUAAGUUGAAAUGGUCCUAUUAUUUGAUUAACAAGAGCCCGUGGUCUAGUCUUGAUGACGGAACUGCGUUUUUGACGACUGCAGAUUCAGAAAUAAGGUUACUUUCUAAUGCAACUAAACCUGUUAAAGGAUGGAAAGGUCUAGAAUAUAGAGCAGCAUUUCCGUUGCCAAAACCUCUUGGUGCGAAUUUCUACCCUGCGGAUAUGGACAAAACGGAGUUCGAGACAUGGAAGGAGAAUCUAGAGAAGGAUCAACAAAAGGAGGCAACAGGCUUUUUUAGUGUUAUUAAAAGACACAGUGAACUGCUUUUAACUUCUGAGACCUCCGACUCGAAUAACAAAGAAAGUUAUGAUCAUGAUCUAUAUAUUGUGCCUUACUCAGCAGAAUAUAAGUCUCUUCUCACGAAAGCUGCUGAUUUAUUGCAUAAAGCUGCAGAUAUUACCCAAACACCAAGUCUGAAGAGGCUGCUACAUAGCAAGGCUGACGCUUUCCUUUCAAAUGAUUAUUAUGAGUCAGAUAUGGCUUGGAUGGAUUUGAACUCUAAAUUGGAGGUCACAAUUGGUCCAUAUGAAACGUACGAGGAUAAACUUUUCGGAUAUAAGGCUUCCUUUGAAGCAUUUGUUGGAAUCAGGGAUGAUAUAGCUACGAGUCAGCUGAAACUCUUUGGCGAUAAUCUGCAGCUUUUGGAGCAAAAUCUUCCUCUCGAUGAUGUCUACAAAUCCAAAGAUGUGAAUGCAGCACCUAUUCGUGUUAUUAAACUGAUCUAUAAUGCAGGGGAUGUCAAGGGACCACAAAUUGUUGCCUUCAAUCUACCAAACGAUGAACGUAUAGUAAAAGAUCGAGGAACAGCAAUGGUGAUGCUUAAGAAUGUUUCAGAGGCGAAGUUCGAGCGUAUUCUUCAACCAAUAGCAGAGCACUGCGUGGCAAAGGAGCUACAAGAAUUUGUAGAUUUUGAAUCAUAUUUUACCCAUACAAUUUGCCAUGAAUGCGUCCACGGGAUUGGACCUCAUUCUAUAACACUCCCAAAUGGUCAGAAGAGUACUGUGCGAUUGGAAUUGCAAGAAUAUCAUUCAGCUAUGGAGGAAGCAAAAGCUGAUAUAGUUGGUCUCUGGGCAUUGAGGUUCCUAAUCUCUAAGGGUUUGCUUUCUGAAAGUUUAUUGAAGUCCAUGUACGUUUCUUUUCUGGCUGGGUGCUUUCGGUCAGUUCGUUUUGGUUUAGAGGAAGCUCAUGGAAAAGGACAAGCAUUGAUAUUCAACUGGUUAUAUGAGAAAGGAGCCUUUUUCCCACACUCUCAAGAAACAAUUUCUGUUGACUUUUCCAAGACUGAAAGUGCAGUUGAAAGCUUGAGUAGGGAAAUACUGACCACACAAGCCAAAGGUGAUAAGGCGGCUGCUGGUUCGCUUCUCCAAAAAUAUGGUGUCAUUUCAGAGCCACUCAAACUUGCUCUCCAAAAGUUGGAGAAGGUUCAGGUACCAGUUGACAUAGCUCCAAACUUUCCCGUUGCCAAGAAAAUAUUGCAGUGAAGAUUGGAGAAUGAAGAUGCAAAGAAGUAUAUGCUUGUCGUAAUUAUCUGUGUUACCUCUUUUGAUUCGAUGAAAUAAUGGAGCUAUCUCCUCUCUUUUCUAUUCAUAAAAUAAUGUACUUUUAUAUUUUGUUUCUGUAUGUUUGUUGAUGCUUUGAAAUGGACAACAAUAGAAUAAAUGUGCCAUUUGUCUGUUAUGAAUAAGAAUUUAUAUUUA